CAUUAACAAGAUCUGAGCCCAAGAUGAAAGAAACAGAUAUGGAGUGUCGUCUUCGUCUUGUUGAUUACGAGAUUCAACUUGGUUUCUGAAACCCUGCAACUCCAACAAGCAAUGGCUUCUGCUCGCUCAUAGACUUCAACUCUCUCGAACCUUCUAUCCACCUCAGUUUCAUUCUAGUUUUACCGUAUACACGAUGAUGUCCCCAAAUCAUACUCCGGACGAUCGAGCCUCUUCUCAUACCGCUAAUUUUAGGCAUACUCCCUUGCAAAUAAUCCAUGUGAUUGGGAACUUCUUGAGAAUAUGGUCGGUGUACUCGAUGUACAGAUAUUUGUCUCAGACAGGAGCUUCGGUUGUACUUUUUAUCUUCAGUUGUGUUGCUCCAUCGUCAAUUAUCUUUUUAGUUCUACAAAAGCCGUGGAAGGGGAGACCGCUAUCAAAUACACAGGUUGUACCUUCGGUUAUUAACGGUGGGAUUACAGCUUUAUACUAUAUCUUAUGGGGAAUAGGUCUCAAAUCCUGUGGACCUGUUAGGGCUAUUUUGGCGGAGUAUUCGGGUGCUGUUCUUGGAGUACUUUCUGCAGCGUUGUAUGGAAGGAGAGGUCAUAUCUUUAAAAAGGUUGGUGGGCUUUUUGCAAUGUUAGCUUCGUUCUACUUCUUGUCUCAAGGAUGGGCCAUGGCCACAUAUUCUCCGUUCUCAUUUAACGAUAGCCCUAUCAGCGAGGGCCAGACAGAGCAAGUAUUGGAUAUGAAGAGCAUGGUAGCUCCUAUCCUUGCGGGAAUCUUAUCAGCGUUGAGACGAGUAAUCUCAAGACGUAUCUCACUCAAGAAUCAGCUGAAAAGGAGGCUUCAUGCUAUAACGAUUGCAUCUGCAACAUGCUUUCUCUUCCCCGUAGCCAUGUGGGACAUGAUUGUAGGUUCACCCAAAGUGGAAUUACCAUUUUCUCCUUGGGCUUUUUCAAGCACCAUUCUCUUUGGCAUAAUCUUAAUAUUUUAUGUGGACAGCAUUGCUGAGGAAAGGCUGCAUAUGGUUUUCUCUUCUCCAAGACAUAUAAUGGCUGCUGGAGGAUGCUUAAUUGUCUUGGAAAUCUUCUACAAAAUGGACUUCUCGUUACUGGGCUUUUUGAUUUGCUGCACUUUGUUAGGAUUCGGAAUAUACGAAGCAACGUCUUUGGAUCGUGGGAAAAAAGAUAAUGUGCAUAGCACUGAUAUUACAAACGGGAUUUUUGAGGACCAAAAUGAGAGGUCUCCUCUUCCAACAUGAAGUAUUUGAGACUCACAGAAUCGUCGUUUUGGCUAUGCACAUCAUGAGAGAAUAUUGGAAGCAAGUGUUGUAGAACUAAUGAUUUAUUAAUUCUUAAGGAUAGCUUACAACGGAUGCAGUGCACAGGGCACAAAUCAAAUUCGGCUUCUUGGAAAAAGUUACAUGUACAAACAGUUGAAAUGAAUUCUCCAUUUUGUCAUUUUUACAAUUUGCGUACGUAUACAAUUUGCUUCAAAUUUGGGUUGUUCA